UAUCCAGACGCCUUUGAGCUAUUGAUUUUCUCUUACAUAUUUUCUCUAUAAAUAAUAUAUUUUGGGCACUCUUAAAUUUUAUUUUAAUGUUGUCAAGUGGAUAGACCUUGUGAUCUAUAUCUAUGAUUAAAAAUAGAUCUCAUGUGUUGAUUCUUUCUAAAGUCAAGUACCAAUAUAUUUUUCUGUUUGUUAAUGAUUGAAAAAGUUGAAUGGCUAUGAUGAUGAAUAGUUAAAAUAAUAAUAACUACUACGGAAAAUACAACAAAGUAAACGAAUUUCCUGAAAUGGAUGCGUCAAAACGUCCUUUGAAAAUACCAGUAAAAUUCAUCCCUUAUCUGGAAAAACAUGAUAUUUUCAACUUGUUUCGUGGCUUAGCAACAUCUAUUAUCAUAGAGAAGCCAAACGAUAUUUUGCAAUUUAUGAAAAAUGAGGUUAUACAAUAUGAGAAACGCGCAUACAGACCAAGGCAAAUAAUGUUCAUAGCUCCACCGCAUCUUGCUAUUCAACAUUUGGCUGAUCAGUUGUAUUUAUCUUGCAAACUGACGUCUAUCAACUAUGCUGAUGUAGUGCGCGAAGUCGGCUCUCAAGAGAUAUUGAAAAAUGUAUGCUCUAGCCCUAUAAAACUAGCAAAUGCAACAUUGAAUUACAUCAAAGUGAAUAAGCUUGAACUGAAUAAUGGGUGGAUUAUGGUUGGCUUUCCUAACACAAAGGAAGAAGGUAUAGCUCUCCAAAAAGUUGGAAUUUUUCCAACCCACACAUUUCAAAUAACUCAUGAUCCCAAAGAAUAUGACGAGAAAGACUUCUGGAAUGACAAUUUAAGCGAGGAUUGGUCUUAUGAAGGUUUCAGUAGAAUGAUGAAGGAUUACAAAAGAAGAGCAGUGGGACUCCGGCAAAUUUAUCAGUCCACAUUGAAGACAAUUGUUGUGCGAGGGAGAACUCUGGCUGAAUUGAAGAAUGACAUCCUAUCUAGUCUACUGAAAUUCAACUAUGAUGGACUAGCAUUUGCACCGAGGGUGGCGCUUCUAGGAGUGAGAGGCUCGAGGAGAAGAACGCUGGCGAAAAUGAUGUCUGAACGCCUGAAGCUUGUUCAUAUCCAUUUCUGGGAUUUGAUGGAACAAGCAAAACAAUGGAAUAAUGAUGUAGGUGAUGCAAUAAGAGAUUCAUUAGACUUAUUUCAAGGGAUUAAUAUGAAUGCGGCAUUGGAAAUUCUAGAGAAACGACUGUUAUCUGAUGACUGUCUUGAACGUGGAUGGGUUUUGACUGGGUUUCCCAAUGACGAAUGUGAUUUUAAAAACCUAGAUACCUUGUCUACACCACCAAACAAAAUAAUUUUCCUGGAAAUACCCAGUGAAGUAUGCUACAAACGUUUGAAAGACAGGUGUAUAAAUAUGUACACGGGAGAGGUAUUGUCCAAGGCAAAAAUUGCUGACAAUCCAGUUAUUCAGAAUCAAACUACCACACACCCGCAUGAUGCAGAAAACAUAAUCACCCAGGAACAAAAAGCUUAUCUGACUGAAUAUCAUGUUCGUAUUAGAUUAUUAGAUCCACUAGUCAAAAUGUUGAAGGGCGCAUUAAUUAUAUGAAACUGCUAAAUAUUAAUGCUACUGUAAUAUGGAUUGUAGUAUGUAGAGCUGAUUUACAAUAAUUUAUAAAUGUACUCAUGAUAUGUAUUCAGAUACAAAAUGUUAUUAUGAACGCAUAUGAAAUAUGGACAUUUAUUACCUCAUUUGAACAUCAAUACAUAGACAUACAUUUGAGCAUUAAUUCCUCAAAACAUGAGUGUAUUUUACCUCACAAAUGUUUUCUACUAAAGUUUUAAAGAAUCUUUCUAUUAGGCUAUCAAAUCACGUACAUUUGGGGCUGUAUUUAUGUACGAUUCUUAUGUCGUUCGUCUUUUAGAGAAGAACGCUUUUUGGUGAUCUAUACAGAGUAAUUCUAUUGGCUGCCUGGUUCAACGAUUCCUAUCAGAUCCUGUUGUUGGUUGCUGAUAGUGAGAUUUACCUUAAAAUGUUAACAUUGGUUGAAUGGGAAGCGAUCAAUUGUGAAGCGAUCAAUUGAAAUGCUGGCAGUUCGAGGAGAAUCUCUCUAUACCGGUAGGCAACAGG